AUGAACGAAGACACAUCGGAGUUUAAAAAGGAACGAUGGUACGAGGAUGCUCUCGACUACUGGUCCGAGAUACCUCCCACCAUCAACGGCAUGCUCGGCGGGUACGGAUCGGUAACUAACCUUGAGACGAAAGGUUCGAUGGAGUUUAUCUCGGAGUUUGUUCGUGGCAAAAAAGGUGCUCAUAAUGUGUUGAAGGUCCCUCCUCGAAUAGACACUCAAUACGCUUGUGAUUGUGGGGCGGGUAUUGGAAGGGUUUCGAAACAUUUCUUAUUGAAAAUAUUUGACAAGGUCGAUCUGGUAGAGUACACGCCGAAAUUUAUCCAACAUGCCGAAAGGACAUAUUUGGCGAAGGAGAGGGAGGCUGGAAGGAUCGGCAAGUUCGUGUGCUCGGGUUUACAGGAGUUCACGCCGGAAGAGGAGAAAUACGAUUUAAUAUGGUGCCAAUGGGUCCUUGGGCAUCUGAAGGAUGGUGACCUGGAAGAGUUCCUCAAGAGGUGCAAGAAGGGUUUGAAGCCGAACGGGAUGAUCGGUAUUAAGGAAAAUGUAUCCAUAUUUGGAUAUUGUUUCGAUAAGGACGACAGUAGUGUUACGAGGCCCGACUCAAUCCUCAAAGACAUAUAUCAGAAAGCCGGCUUAAACUUGCUCAAAGAAGCCACACAACACGGAAUGCCGGAAGGAUUAUAUGAAGCAUUCCCGACAAACCUGGCAUUAGGCAGAAAAGUUGGAAGGUUGGUUAUCCUAUUGGGAUAUUUACCACCGGACAAAAGAAAAUGGGAAAGAGUUCUUAACGAGCAAAGAGCAACUUAUUAUAGUUUCGUCAGGGAUUUGCUGGCAGACCCAAGCGAAGAGGAACUAAGGAGUCCACACAAUACCGACGAUCACCCUUUAAAUUCUGCACCAAAUUCCAAGUGGGCCGAAUAUUUCGCCGACAACAUAAUAUUAGAACAAAUAGACAAAGACGUCAGACGAACGUUACCGGACUUUGCGUUCUUUCAGCAGCCCGUCCCUCACAGCCCCCUAAGCCCGCUAAGUCCAAGGCUCGCGGCUCAAGAGAUCAACCGAACAAACGGCACGAGGUCACCGUCUAUAAUGGAUGCCCUGGAUAAUUCGAACGAUGACGACAGUAAUAGCUGUGGUAAUUCCAUACUGACAAACUCGGAACUUGAAAUGGAGGUCACCGCCAUGGAAUCACAAUUUGCGAUGAUGUCUCAAUUGAAUUCAUCAGGUGGCAUGGUUGGGAUCGUUAACCCGAAGAGGAAUUUCUCCGCCACAGGUCCUAAACCUUUGCCGAUUGAUGUUUCCAAUCUAAUCCACCAGACCGUCACCCCCAUUCCUACCCGUCGGUCAAUAUUUAAGCGUGUCCAACACUUAAAUAAGGACUUUGGCGCGCGAAGGUCAUCCUCGCCGUCCCCGAGUUGCAAAUCGGAUGGUUCGCGUGAUGAUGAUUACGAGGUCGAUUUGCACUGGGAGGCUAUCGAAAGAAUCUUGUUUAUAUACGCCAAAUUGAAUCCGGGCGUAGGGUAUGUCCAGGGGAUGAACGAAAUCCUUGGUCCCAUCUAUUAUACAAUGGCAAAUGACAGCGACGAGGGUGGAAAAGCACAUGCCGAAGCUGAUUCGUUCUUUGUGUUCACGCUGAUGAUGUCUCACAUACGGGAUCACUUUGUGAGGAGUUUGGACAUGGACGACACGACGGGCAUCGGUCAUACUAUGAUGAAAAUGAACCGACGCCUAAAAACCUUUGAACCUGAAUUAUGGGCAGAUCUGGAGAGGAAAUCUCUGCACCCCACCUAUUAUUCAUUUCGCUGGUUGACCGUAAUGCUGUCCCAAGAAUUUGCACUUCCGGAUGUUAUCCGACUGUGGGAUUCCAUACUGGCCGAUCAUGACGACGAAGAAACCGCCGGUGGAUUCGAAUUCUUAUUAGACUUCUCUUGCGCAAUGUUAAUAUGCGUUAAAGAUGAGCUUCUUCGAGGAUCCUUUGCGGAUAACAUCAAACUGCUACAGAAUUAUCCGAUACAAGACCCAGCCGUCGUCCUACUCAAGGCCUACACGUUAAGGGAGAAUCGUCUCCUUGCUAAAAUGUAUGGCGAGGACGUCGAUGCGUCCUCGGAGUCCGGUGACGACGACGAUUAUUAUCCAUCAACUACUAACGGCAACGUCUACUAUGAAUCAUCGACGCCUUCGGCGAUCCAGCGUGCGAACGAUGUAAAGGUCAGGGGACUGGCAAUGUUGAAGAAGGUGCAAGGAGUUGUGAAUGGUAAAUCGACGAACGGUGUGAACUUGAACCGAAACGGAUUUUCAAAUUCCUCGAAUAUUGGCAAUACCAUGGGCAUUGGUGGAAUGAGUGGGUUUGCAAUGCGAUUUUCAAACGUUUGGAGAAAGAACAUUACUGCCUCGUCCUCGUGA